AUGACUUCGAAAACAACUUUUCUCACAAUAGAUCCGAAAGAUACAAUAAGCUUUGAAGGUAGGCUGGAUAAAGAAGUUAGUGCAAUUCUGAUGGUUACGAAUGAUACUAACACUAGUCAAUGCUUGAAAAUUAAAUGUACGAACAACGCAAUUUUUCGAAUUCGUCCUGUAAUUUCUAUAGUUGGAGCAGGAGGUACCGCUCAAAUUAAUGUGACAUACAUGCCGAACGGUAAAACACCCGUAUCGUAUCUUCAUCACAUUGGGGUUUAUCAUAUACCAGCUCCAGAAGGAUGCUCGGCAAUAGCUGUCUGGGACGAGCACUACGGGCCUCCACAAGGACAAUUUCGUUUGAAAGUUCAUAUCCUACGUUUUAUAAAUAUACUGACUGCAAAUGUUACAGUGCAUUACCGUGACUCUCCUAACAAUAUCGAGUACUCCUUUCAGGAAAUGUACCAGCAACGAGUCAGCUCUGCUUCGAGUUCUAGCUCGAAGAUUUCACAAUCUCUAGAAAGAUCACGAGUCCAAAGCGCUCCACCUAGUAAAUAUGAUAGAAGGUAUCCCCACAAGUUUGCAGAACAGGAUGGUCAGCAGAAACCAAUGACUCCAGAUCCUGAGUAUGUGACAAGAGUAUUACAAGCUCGGAUAUCGUCCGCCCUAGCGGGACCGGAGAUACGGCUUUCGCAAACAAGGAGUGCCACACAGUCCUUAGAAGAUAACCCGACAACAAUCCCUACCCGAAAACUUCUUUUUGGCAGAUCAUCAUUAAAGAGAACGCCAGCUUUUUCGAGAACAGGGACAGCCAAUCUAAUUCCUAUUGAAGAUCCAGAAGAACUUGCGAUGUUACGAAGUAUUGCUCGUUCAGACCACUCUUUUGAAUCAACUGUCAAUCAAAUGAACCAGCUUCGCAUUCAUGAGUUUGAAGACAAAUCAGACGAAGACGAAGAUGUUCUACUCCGUUCCAAUACAUCCACCACACAGAGAAGAAGAAGAAGUUUAGUGAGACAAUUGGAGCAAGAUGAUUCUUUCUACCCAAAAGACACGAACAUGAGAGAAAACGUUGUAUCAAAUAUGGAAGAUCGACUUUCUGGCUUUCGGCACGAGAAAAUGAGAUCGUCGACCAAAUCAGGAGAAGGUGAUGGGAUUAUUCAGAUUGCUGGAUUAGUGUAUGAUGCCGACUUCGAUUGCUACUAUAACCCCGAAGAUGAUACUUAUUAUCGCGUGAACUCAGUAGAAAAACCUAUAGCUUCAUAG